AUGAGGCUCCUUCCGUUGCACUUCUUGGCUGUGCUGGCUGCCUGCAGCUUCUCAGGGGAGCCAACAGAAGACAUCACCAUUGCCUACAAAGUGCUGGAAGUUUACCCUCAAAGCCGCCGGGUGCUUAUAACCUGCGACAGCCCUGAGGCUCCCCGGCCCAUCACUUACUCUCUCAUGGCUAGCCGAGGGGUCCUGGUGGCAACAAGGGUUGUGCGUGAUGACAAGCCAGCCUCCUUCAACAUCAACAUCACGCUCAAGUCCAGCCCAGACCUGCUCACCUACUCCUGCCGAGCGUCCUCUGAUCUGGGCACCUAUGGGCCCAGCAGCCAGCUGCAAAUGUACUGGGAGCUGUGGACCAAGCCCGUGUCCCAGCUGCAGGCUGACUUCACCCUGCGUGAUGGGAACUCAGACCCCACGGCGGAGCUGUCCUGCCUGGCAUCCUCAGGCAGUCCACCCAUCAUCUACCGUUUGGUCGGGAAUGAUGGGCGUAUACACGCACAACAGAGACCCCUCCACGGGAAGCCUGCCAACUUCUCCAUCCCCCUGUCCCAGAUGUUUGGCUGGUUCCAUUGCGAAGCUACAAAUGGUGUCAGUGUUGAGAGUAGCGCCCGCGUGCUGCUGCCCCCAGCAGGAGCCCAACCCACACUCCUUCCCACCACAGGGGAGCUGCCCCUGACACCCACCUGCAUUCUGGCCGGCAGCCUGGUCUCCAUUGCCGCCAUUAGUUACGGGAUGCUGAGGUCAACCAGGGCUCUCAGCCGACUUCUGGUGGGGGACUUCCCUAUGGGUCUCAUGAAGCCUCGAGGGACCAGAGUGAGCCAGGGGCUUCUAGCCUGCAUAGCCCCCCACAGCGGUCCCACCAGCCAACCUUUCUGCAAAGGUUGUAACCGGAAGACAGAGUCCCCAGGCUUGCCUCCCUGCCUACACAAGAAUUCACCACUGCAGUGA